AUGGCCGCCGCCCCGAGGCCCGCAGGCCCGCAAAUCGACGCCUCGACAUCAUGGCUGCUGCUGGAGGACGAAACCACCGAGGCGCGUCUGUUGGGCGUGGUGUCCCAGGUUCUCGGCAUCAGCGCUGAGGCGGUCCAGCUGCACCAAUCGUUCAAGGACUUGGGUGGUGACGAGCAGAGCGCCGCCGCGCUCUGGAGGGCUUGCAUGGACGCUGGUAUGGACGUCAAGGUGAAGGAUAUUCUUCGAUGCUCGACCCUCGCCGAAUUGCAGUCCUGCAUCACGACCUGCGCCCCGCAAAACCGCAAUUCCGUGACCGACGCCGUUGUCGAGCCCGUCAUGGUCACCCCGCGAGAGGUACACCGCGCGAGCCGCCUGUCGUUCGUGCCCUCACCGAAGCCCGGACACUCCCGAACUUCGAGCCAAGCAAGUUUGCCGGCACACAAGGGGCCAAAGACGGAUAUUGAGCAGGCACUCGGGACACAGCCGGACAUCGGGAGGAUCGCUACGGUACGGCCAAAGGCCGGCCUGCUCGAGGGGAAGCUCGUCGCACUGCUCAGCCUUGCCACUGCGCAGACUACACAAGAAAACACGGGUGCGAUCAACCUUGUCCCCCAUUCCCAUGCGUUCUUUGCGGGAACCCAGAUUGCCCAUCUCAAGCGCGUUGCUGCGACCGCUCUGCCGCCCGAGGCCGUUCCUGAUGUCUGGAUCGCUCUGGAUGGCAUGCCAUUAACGGACUCCGGCGAUGUCGACAUGCGGCGGUUACGGACUUGGGUGCAAAAUAUCAACGAGAGCGUGCAUCACCAGGCACUCAGCCUGGAACACCAGGAGACCAUCCAGGCCCCCGCAACGGAGAUGGAGAAGCUGCUUCAGCGGCUGGUCGGCAAGGUGCUGAAUGUGCCCCAGAGCCAAAUCGGUGUGAACUUCUCCUUUACUCAGCUCGGUGGCGACGAGAUGACCGCCAUGGAAUUGGCCGUCCGCUGCAAGCACGAGUCGGUCUACAUCAACCCGCCCGAAGCACUAGGGUCCAUGACAUUGUCGGAGCUGGCUGCCGUCGCCGCGACUCGCGGCGGCCUGGCACACAAGUGGGAUGAGGAGACGUCCGACUGCUUCGACCUGUCGCCGAUGCAGCACUUGUACUUCCAGACAGCAAUGGGCGGCGACCUGAAGCGGAGGCCUGUCCUGGAUGGGAGUUACCGCUUCAACCAGAGCCUGUUGUUGCGGUUAAAAAAGCACUUUUCGUUCGAGGAUAUCUCGGCUGCCAUCGAGGCCGUCGUGGGGCACCACGCCAUGCUGAGGGCUCGCUUCGGACGUGGCCUGAACGGCUGGGUUCAGAGGGUGUUGCCCGACGUUGCCGGAUCGUACUCGCUCUGCCACAGUACGAUCGGAUCAGAUCGCGAGCUGGAAGAGAUCAUCGAACGGACGCAGAUAUCCAUUAAUGUCGAGAUAGGGCCUGUUUUCGCCGUCGAUUACCUCAGUACCAACGACGGACAGCAGCUGUUGUACCUCGCCGCGCACCAUCUAGUCGUCGACCUGCCCUCCUGGCGCACCAUCAUCCACGACCUAGACGAGUUGUUGUCGAAUGGUAGUCUCAUGUCACAGAGAUCCAUGCCCUUCCACAAGUGGGUAGACAUGCAGAAGGCCGACGCCCUCUCUCCGGAUCCCAGGGACCUGCUCCCCUUCGCGCUCCAGCCGGGAGACUACGCGUACUGGGGGCUACAGGACGUCCCCAACACCUACGGCGACGCCCUCGAAGUUAGCUUCUCGCUGAGCCAAGAACUGACCGCGAUCCUACAAAGCUCCUGCAACCAAGUCUUCAAGACCGACAGUGUCGACAUCUACCUUGCCGCCCUCAUGCUGUCGUUCGCACAGACCUUCCAUGACAGACCCGUGCCCACCGUCUGGAACCAAGAACACGGCAGGGACCCAUGGACGCCAGACGUCGACAUAUCAGAGACUGUGGGCUGGUUCACGUCCCUCUGCCCAGUGAGCCUCCAGGUGGAAAGCUCGGAAGAUUUCAUCACAGUGCUGCGCCAUCUCAAGGACAGACGACGGUCCAUACCCGCCCGCGGGACCCAAUAUUUCGCGUCCCGCUUCUACCAUUACGACAAGGAAGACUUGGUGGCAAGAGACUGGCCGUUUGAGAUCAUCUUUAGCUAUGCCGGCUCUCUCCAACAUUUGGAACGCGAUAACGGGGUGAUGGAGCAACUUGCAAUCCCUGGCCGGACGCUAGCCUCCGCGACCUCGGACAUCGGGGCAAACGUCGGCCGCAUCGCGUUAUUCGAGAUCAGCGCCAUGGUCGACCAAGGUAGCGCCAAAGUCAAGUUCCUCUACAGCCGCUUCUCCAAGGACCAAGCACGCAUCUCGCAGUGGGUCCAGAACUACGAGCAUCUCCUCCUCGAGGCCAUCGGCAGGCUCAGGUACCACCCGCAGGAGCUGACGCUCGCCGAUGUACCGCAUCUUGAUGUCACGUACGAAGGACUCGACAAGUUCAACAAAGAUCGCCUCGCCACCCUCAAGCUAGCGAGCAUCCGCGACGUCGAAACCAUCUACCCCGUCACCGCGGUGCAGCAGAGCAUCCUCAUCAGCCAGGCACAGCGGCCCGACACAUGCUACCUCCAUGCAAUCUACGAAUUUGCGUCUCCGAACGGCGACCCCAUCGACACUUCCAGGAUAUGCGCGGCCUGGGAAUGGGUGACCAUGAAGCACGCGGCGUUGAGGACCGUGUUUACCGAGAGUGUCAGCGAGACCGGUCUCUGGGACAUGGUCAUACUGCGCCGGGCUUCGCCUGAGAUGCUCUUCAUAGACACGGCGCCUGCUGAGGACCCGGUCUACGAGCUCAGCAACCUUCCUAAUCUGCGGCCAUCAGAGAGCAAGCCGCUCCACAGGCUUACAGUGUGCAAGGCGCCUGCCAGGACGUUGGUGAAGUUGGACAUUAGCACGGCCCUCUGCGAUUCGCUGAGCAUUCACCUCCUCCUGCAUGAUUUGAGACGAGCCUACGCGACGGAGCGAGCCAUCACCGAGCCGGAUCAGUUUUCCUACCCGCACUAUCUCUACUUUCUCAAGACGGUUCGGCAAGAAAAUAGCCUGGCCUUCUGGCGCGAGAAGCUCGCCGGCGUACCACCAUGUCUGUUUCCUCGUUUGACGGUGUUGCCCGACGAGCUGCGGUUUGUGAACGCCGGUGUGGAUCUCGACAUCACCUCGUACCAGCUGUCGGCGUUCACCCGCACACAAAAAACUGCGGUCGACGCCGUUCUGCGGCUGGCCUGGGGCCUCGUCCUGCGGUGCUUCACGGGGUCCAACCACGUGUGCUUCGGGUUCCAGACCGUGGGCCGUGACGAGUCAAUACCGGGAAUGCGGCACGCCGUAGGUUCCUUCUCGAACACGGUGGCCUGCAGUUACGAGCUGGCGACAUACACUCCAGUAGCCACGGCGUUGCAGAUGGUGGAGGAGCAACUUCUGGCGAGUCUACCUCAUCAGCACUUCACAAUGGCCGAGCUCCAACACGGGAUGGGCAUGAAGGGCGGUGACCGCUUGUUCAACUCGUGCCUGACCUUCACCGAAGAACCAGCCGGUUUGAACAGCAAAUUUACUACGCGGACGAGCUUCGAACUGAAGCCAAUCUCUCUCCAGCAGACUUUUGACGUCGAUAUUGUGAUAAAUACGCGUUUCGCAGCCGGAAAGCUCGUGGUGGACAUCGGCCAACGCCUCAUGUCGACCGAGCAAUCCGUCAACCUGGCGAAUACUUUCGGCAUGGCCAUCCGCGCCAUCAUGUCAUCGCCCAAUACAUCCAUCGGCCUGGUCGAUCUUUUCAGUGACAGGGACUACGCUCAGAUCCUCGCCUGGGACGCUGAAUCGCCAUCGCAAGCGGCGGACCAGACACAGGCUGUGGUCCACGAGCUCAUUUCGAGACAAGCGUCCAUCCAGCCGUCUUCCCAGGCCAUCUGCUCCUGGGAUGGUUCCUUUACCUACCUCCAGCUCGAAGAGGAGGCGACCAAGUUGGCGCACCACCUCGUCGACGCUGGCGUCGGCCCUCACUCGGUGGUGCCCGUCGUGAUGGACAAGUGCAAGCUCGCGCCUGUGGCCAUGGUUGCUGUGCUCAAGUCCGGUGCGGCCUUUGUCCCCAUCGACUCCCUGGAACUCGGCAUGAUUCAGCCCAUCUUCGAGCGCUUGAACUCGAGAGUGGUCAUCUCCUCGGAACUCGCUGCACCUGUCCUCAGUAACCUCUUCGAUCAAGUCGUGAUCCUGAACGACGAGCUGAUGAACCUCCUCCCGCAAGGCCAAGGCCCGUUGACCUCGAUGGCGGCUCCGUCUGAUCGAGCGUGCAUCCUCUUUGUGCCAACGUCAUCCAGCGAAGCUCGCGGCGUCACCUUCAGUCAUGCGGCCCUGUCGACUGCGAUCCUGGGACAAGGCCCAGCGGCAAGGAUAACACCAUUGAGCCGUGUCAUGCAACUGUCAUCGUUCAAUGUGGACAUCUGCGUCGCCGAGAUUUUUACGACUCUUGUAUAUGGCGGUUGUGUCUGCGUCCCGUCGGCGGCCGAGAGGCUGCAGGACUUUGGUGCCGCGGUGAACAGGAUGCAAGUCAACUGGUCGUACAUGACCCCCUUGCUAUCGAGGAAGCUGGACCCAUCGCUACUUCCGUCCCUCAAAGUCGUGUGCUUCCGGACCCGAGGGCUCGACGAAGACACGUACAGCAUCUGGCAUGGAAAGGUUAACGUCAUUCUGGCAUAUGGCCCGCAGGAUGUCUGCCCGCUGGGCAUUGCUUUCCUCGAGGCGCUUGGGCCCCAGCAUCUGAGGAGCAUCGGCCGACCGUUCGCGGGGAACCUUGUGAUCGUCAAUCCGGAGGACCAUAAGAAACGCAUGCCGAUCGGGGCGGUUGGUGAGCUCGUCGUUGAAGGACCGACCCUGGGGUUCUCAUACCCCAACAGAGAGUCAACAAUGACCCCAAUGUCGCCCCUAGGCCCGGCAGCCGGGAGCAAGGCCCGAUACUUCAAGACCGGUCAUCGAGCCAGGUACACGCAAGGCGGGCUGAUGGAGUUCAUUUCGAGCAAACGAGACGAGUUGGACCACGACGGCAAGGCCGUGAAUGUCACCGAGAUCGAGCAGUACCUGCGCCGGUGCCUAGGACAGGGAGUCGAUGUUGUGGUCGAAUCGGUCAUUUUCCGGGGCCAGGCGAAGAACGACACUCUGCUGACGGCCUUCAUCGAGCUCGGCGAUCGUUUUGACGCCGAAGAGAACCUCACAUCCCUGAGCGUGGCAACCAAGGAGCAACUCGCCAUGGCCAAGCAGCUGGCCCAAGUCGGGCUGAAGAACAAGUUUCCGCCGUCCUUAAUUCCCUCGGCAUUUGUACCCGUUAAGCACAUUCCCAUCACGCCGUCGCUCAAGGUCAACCGACGCCGGCUGCAGAAGAUCAUCGCCGGCUUAACCAAGGAUGACCUCCUGGGCCUUGCUACGGUGCCCAAUCCAAAUGAGGCGAAGUUUCAGCACCUCAAGCCACUGCCGCUGACGCAGGGCGAGGAACGAAUGAGAGCGAUUUGGGCCAGGGUUCUUGGUGUCGAGGAAGCCAAGAUCUCGGCGUAUGACACCUUCUUCAGCGUUGGCGGCGACGAGAUACUGGCCGCACAGUUGGUCGCGGCGUGUCGGCACGAGAACAUCUCGGUUUCCAUCGCCGACGUCGUCCAGAAUAUUACGUUGACUGAACUCAGUAGGGCGAUCGUCACCGUCGACUCGCCACAAAUCACACAGGAUGCCACUCUGGCGCCGCCCACCACGUCACCGUCGCCGGUGCCGCUCAAUGCGAACGCGAUCAAGGAGGUCUUCAUCGAACGGGUAAUUGCGCCCAGGCUCGGUGUCGAUGGCAGUGCCAUCGCAGAUGCGGCAGAGGCGUCAUCGACGCAGAUCCGGUACAUCGAGACGGGCAUGCUUUCGGGCCGGACGAACAUCAACUACCUGGUCUUCAAUUUUUCCGGAGCCGUGGACGCCAAGAAGCUGGAGGAGGCGUGCAGAACGCUCGCAUCGAUACAUCCCAUCUUGCGCACCGCUUUCGUUCCGUAUAAUCGACGGGUCUACCAGGCGGUCAUCAAAUCCAACAACGUGGAGUUUCGGCGGCAUUCCCCCCCGCCAUGGAGGCUCUCCGCCACGCUGGACAAGGUGAUCAAGAAAGACCAGACAAUACCCACCAAGUUCGAGACCCCCAUGACCAAAUUCAUGUUCCUCGAUGGCGGCAAGCAGUCGAUCCUGAUCCUGCGCCUGUCCAAGGCGCAGUACGACGACCUCUCUGUCGCGCUACUCGUGAAGGACCUUAAGCGACUUUACGACGGCUCGCAAAGUCCGCCGCGGCGACCGUCGUUCUGCGACUUCAUGCGCACGACAAUGGUUGCCAACUCGCACGGAGCAGAAGAGUACUGGCGAGCCUUGCUCGAGGGCGCCGUCAUGACCCAGGUAGUCGCACACACCCAUCCUUACCAAAUGUCGACCAACGUCAAGACGAUCCGGAAUCCAACGAUUCCGCUUGGGUCGCUCUCCAGCUUGGGCAUCUCGUUUGAGACUGUCCUGAAGGGAGCAUGGGCCAUGGUCCUUGCUACCUUGUCUGCGUCCUCCGAUGUCGUCUUCGGCGAACUCAUUGACGGCCGACAUGUCAGACUUCCAGGCGGCCAAUCUGUGGCAGGUGUCAUGGGGCCGACGGUCAAUGCAAUCCCCGUGCGCGUGCAGUUCCCCGACACGGCACUCACUCCGCUCAGCCUGCUCCAGUACAUCCACACACAACGCGUCUCGGGCAUACCAUUUGAGAACCUUGGAACGCUUACGAUCGUGGAGAAGUCCACGCCGUGGGCUUACUGGACUCGCUUCAGCACUCUUGUGCAGCAUCAAACCGAGGACACAGCGAUCAACCCGUCCGAACCCAAGUCGUUCCACCUCGGCGCUGCGGCCUGCAAGUUUACCAUUACCGAGUCCAAGGCGCAGGACGUCCCCGAUCUCUUUGUGAGGUCUCUUGUUCGCCCUACGAACCGGGUUGAGAUCUCGAUCACAUUCUGCGCCGACCGCGUUCCUGAGACUUUCGCCGAGCACGCGCUGCGCAUGCUUUGUUCCACCAUUAGCGUCCUCACUAGCGUUACCAUCAUGCAGCCGGUCGUUCCGAGCGGCUCCCAGUACCGGGCUAUGGUCAGGAGGAUUCCGCUGCCGGCGAAGAUAAGCUCGUCAGAUCAGAAUCCGGAGUCGGCUGAUUGGAGCACACGGACUACUCUCAGCAAAGACCAGAUCAAGGCCGUCCAGAAGGUCAUCUCCGACACCUGGUCGGUAAUUCUCAACCCACGAGCAUUGGGCGUGCCCGAAUCCCAGACGCACCAGGCCGACUUCUUUGAUCUCUGGGGCAGCCUGAUACCCGCCUAUCAGAUGAUGCAGCAGCUAAACCGCGAGCUGCCCAAGGCGAACCUUCCGGGACCUUCUGCCAAUCUCCAGGUCACAAUGGAGGAAAUCAUCGAGCACUCGACCAUGUUGAAGCAGUUUGAGCUCAUUGCAUCCAAGUUCAAACCCCAGCCUAGCAAGGAAACGCAGAAGAGCAAGGACAAGGAGAAGGAGAAGGACAAAGAGAAGGGCGCCGACAAGAGCAGCUUGAGCCCGAAGCCCCCGGUCCAGCCUCACAAGAAGAAGCCAAGCAUGAACGUUGCAGUGCCAGCGGCCUCACUCGGCAGCCGCAUCCGUCGGCUGGCCAGCACCGUCGCCCGAACAACCCCGCCGCCGACCAACAACAAUAACGCCGCGACCUCCAGACAAGGCGCUAACCUUCAGCCGCCAGCUACCCCGACCACGCCCGUCGCUAUCGGCAUCGCCUCAGCCAUGGUCGCCGAUCUCUCGCCGUUAUCUCCCAAAGUCGUAGGCAGCCCCAGUCCCGGGAUUUCCGGUACCCUCACCCCACGUGCCGCGCUCAGCACCAGCCCGGGCCCCAUUCCAAGCGCGCCACCUCAGCUCCCCAACCUCCCCGCGUUCGAACCCAUCGCAGAGGAAGCCGAGCCCGGGAUGGGCACAAGCACCACCGGCAAGACCAGCGCGACUGCCACCGCUAGCCCGGCCGCCGAACCGGAUAGCAUGACCGAGGGAAGCACCGCCAGCAGCACCAACGCAAGCGCCGAGAUGAUGGCGCUGGCGGGCAUGACGCUGACCAGCACGCUACUCAGCCCGCUUGCGUCUGCUGCCGUUGGUGGUGGUGCUGCUGCUGCUACACGCAGCGAGGACAAGGAGGCAGACGCUAGCAGGGACACAGACCUGGCCGGGGACGACGACAGCAGAGACAGGGAGACGGAUAGGGAUACCAUCGGCCCACUGCCGACGACGGCCGCGUUGCAGCUCAAGAGGACGCCCCACGGCUGCAGCGCGAAUGCGAACGUCAAGGCGCCGGCUACGAACGCGCCUGUCACGCCUCUGACGACGUCGACGACGGCGGCGGCGCCGAAUACGACGACGACGACGCUGCUGGUGCGCGGCGAAGAGGGCGCUGCUGAGGACUUGGUCAGCCCGCUGAGUGCUGUUACGCUGACGUCGCCCAAGAGCGCGGGCACGCUGCCUACGCCGAGAAGUGGGGGUGGUGGUGGGGGGCAGUAUUAUCAGGCUUGA